AUGUUCAGGUACACCGCAUUCUUCGCGCUAAUAUUCUGCGCCUUCGUGGCCGUAGCUCACGCUGAGCCACCACGUUUCCGUGCAGCACUUCGACGCCCAUCGAGUCGCUUCCUGGCGCGUCAGGAGGCAGAGGUGGCCGAUGACGUAGGAUCUGUAGAUGCCGCGCCACCAGCAGCGGAGGAUGACCAGCCUGCGCCCUAUCCACCAGCAGGUGUGACACCAGCGGUCCCCUUCGAUUUACCAACGGAGACUGAAGCGCCAGUACCGGAUAAUGCAUACGGCCCACCAGAAGAGGAGCCAACACCCGAUCCAACCUAUGGUCCACCAGAGGAAACUACCACCACCGCUACUGGAAGUGAUUUAGCGUCGCAAAACUUAAUUCAACCGCGUCAAAGGGCAGCAUUAGCCAAGCAGCGCAGUUUGGUGCGCUCACAGCCACUCUUGCUGCAAGCUGUGCCCGUUGAAGGCGCGCCUGGUGUUGUGGAGUUGGUGCGUGCCGAGCCUGGUGUUAUUUACAUUUUGAAAUAA